AUGGACCCCGACGGAGCACACCUCGAACAGCAACAAGAUGACCAAGAUAUCGGACCCUUCCAUCGCAUAUCUCCCGCUCGCGUGGCCACCGGGCUGUCAAAUGGCAUCCGCAGGACUAUCACAUUCAUCACGGAGCCUCUGUCACCAGCACGCAGCGAGUGGGACCUGGAAUCCGCCCCGUCCACCCCGGGGCUCGAGAAGUUCCGAAGAUGGAGCACCAUCCGCAAAAGCACAGAUGCAUCCAACCUUUCCGUCACCCGUCCAGUGACGCCCGACGAGCCUAGGAAUUUCAUGACCCUCCCCGCAGAGAUACAGAUCGUCAUCCUGCAGCACCUGGACUUUGGAGACAUCGAACGCCUACGCCGUACUUGCAAGUACUGGUACAACUUCGCCACCCCGCGCUUGGUUCGGAGCAUAUGGGGCCCUGAUACCUUCCGCGCCAUCCUCAUCCGCCACUGCAAGGUCUGCCUCACCUACUGCCCCCGAGACGUCGCCCGGCUCCUUACCACCCCCUUGGAUGCCGGCUACCCGCUCUCGUCGCGAUGCGUCAAGUGUACAAUUCAGAGCCGCGACGGCACGGUCAGGAUCGGCAGGAAGACAACCCUGGGCAAUUUUACCGACUACUGGACCUGUCGGUGGUGCGGAUGGCCCAUCACAAAUGACAGCUCCACCGGCCACCCGCAGUUCCACAAGAGGUGCUACGACCGGUAUGCCCUCGUGUUGCUCGCAUUCUUCCUGCUGGGCUGGAUCCAGUUCUUCCUCGGCAUAGCAGGCUCAGGUCUAUGCUGGCACUAUUUUAGGAAGGACAAGCUGGUACUUGCGCCGACCAUUGUUGGGUUUCUGCUCAUGUGGUUCUGCAUCAUCCUGAUUAUGUUCCGGGGCAACAAAGUCAGGACGUAUAAUGUCGCACUGUUUCUGGAAGCGGCCAUAAUAGGGCUAUGGGUUGCUCCCGUCUACUCAAUUUCCAAGGAGCUUGGAAACAAGCCACCAGCGUCAACAAUAGCUACCUUGGUCUUGAUUGGCAUAAACAUGCUAUUCAGACUCCUGAACAUCGUCGGAAAUAUCGUCCUCGUAAGCGAGUACGACCGAACCAGACACUAUGUCCCACGAAUACCAAUCUGGCGUCGGUUUAUGAACCCGAUGCUAACUGCAUUGAUCUUCUGGACGUACCCUCAGCACGCUGAGCGCAAGUUCCCGCCGGACUACCGCUGA